AUGCCGCAUUAUAUUACUUUAGCAACUUGCUCUUUGAAUCAAUGGGCUUUAGACUUUGAAGGGAAUAGGGAUAGGAUUCUCCAGAGUAUUAAGGAGGCCAAAGAGGCCAAAGCUUCUUUACGAGUGGGACCUGAAUUGGAGAUCUCUGGUUACGGGUGCCUGGAUCAUUUUCUUGAGAACGACACUUAUUUGCAUUCCUGGGAAAUGUAUGCUUCUAUACUUCAGAAUGAGUCAACUCAUGGAAUUCUUUUGGAUAUCGGCUUACCAAUAAUGCACAAGAAUAGACGUUACAACUGUCGUAUCCUAUCCUAUGACGGAAAAAUUUUGUUGAUCCGCCCCAAGAUAUUUUUAGCUAAUGACGGCAAUUACAGAGAAAUGAGAUACUUUACGCCUUGGUUACAGCCGCAAUACGUUGAAGAGUUUGUUCUUCCCAGAUUACUACAAAAGAUCACGGGCCAAAUAACAGUUCAAUUCGGAGACGCCGUUAUUUCAACUUUGGAUACUUGUAUUGGUGCGGAAACUUGCGAAGAGCUGUUUACUCCGCAAGCUCCUCAUAUUGCUAUGGCCUUGGAUGGGGUUGAAAUUGUUGCAAAUUCUAGUGGUUCCCACCAUGAGUUGAGAAAACUGAAUACCAGAAUGGAUCUUAUUACAGAGGCUACUACCAAGUGUGGUGGAAUAUAUUUGUAUUCCAAUCAAAAAGGCUGUGAUGGUGAUAGAUUGUACUAUGAUGGUUGUGCACUUAUUGUUGUCAAUGGCAAAGUCCUAGCUCAAGGUUCCCAGUUUUCUUUGAAAGAUGUGGAAGUAAUAACUGCCACUGUGGAUUUAGAAGAUGUCAGGUCCUAUAGAAACAUGAUUUCACAUGGUCUACAAAGUCGCUCUACUCCUGUUUACGAAAGAGUUCAUGCUGCUAUUGAGUUAUCUCCAGAUUCAAAGAGUUUUGACCCCACCAUCGUACCAACAUCGCCUCGUGAGAUAAGAUACCAUCUUCCAGAGGAAGAGAUUGCAUUCGGACCUGCUUGCUGGUUGUGGGACUAUGUGCGAAGGUGUAAAGGUUCAGGUUACUUUGUCCCGUUGAGUGGUGGAAUAGACAGUUGUGCCACAUCAGUGAUUGUCUUUUCAAUGUGCACUCUUGUAGUAAAAGAAGCAUUAGAAGGAAACGAACAAGUUAUACGAGAUGCUCAGCUGGUUGCUAACAUGCCAGAAGGUUGGAUUCCUGAGACCCCUCAAGAGCUUUGCAAUAAGAUCUUCCAUACUUGUUAUAUGGGUACUACCAACUCAUCUAUAGAGACUAGAGCAAGAUCCAGAGAUCUUGCAGCCAGAAUUGGAUCUUAUCAUGUUGAUUUGAACAUGGAUUCAGUGGUCACUGCAUUAGUCAGCCUCUUUGAGGUAGUAACAGGCAGAAAACCGGUGUUCAAAGUAUUUGGUGGUAGUCAAAUUGAAAACUUGGCCCUUCAAAAUAUUCAAGCCCGAUUAAGAAUGGUUUUAGCUUACCUUUUUGCCCAGUUGCUACCUUGGACUAGGGGUAGAACAAACACUGGUGGUUUGUUGGUUUUGGGAAGUGCCAACGUGGAUGAGCAGCUUCGAGGUUAUUUGACCAAGUAUGAUUGUUCAUCUGCAGAUGUAAAUCCAAUAGGAGGAAUUUCUAAGACUGAUCUCAUUAGUUUCAUUAAGUUUUCUAUAAACCGGUUUGAUCUGCCUAUACUUCGGGAUUUUGUUGACGCUACACCCACAGCAGAAUUGGAACCAAUUACCGACACUCAUGUACAAUCAGAUGAAGCCGACAUGGGAAUGAGUUAUGAGGAGUUGUCUAUUUUUGGAAGACUCAGAAAGGUCAACAAAUGUGGUCCUUACUCCAUGUUUAUUAAGUUGCUGCACGAAUGGUCUCCUCGUCUGACACCAGAAGAAAUAGGCACCAAAGUAAAACGGUUUUGGUGGUUCUAUGCAGUCAACAGGCAUAAGCAAACAGUUAGCACACCUAGCUACCAUGCUGAACAGUAUUCUCCAGAUGAUAACAGAUUUGACCUCAGACCAUUUUUAAUCGAUCCAAGCUUCUCUUGGGCUAGAAAAAAGAUUGAUCAAGUAGUGGAGACUUUGGAGAAGAACAAUACAUCUCAACUAGAUACCAUGACCGUUGAUUAA